CGCGGCGCUGGCCAGGGCGGCGGCGGCGGCGAAGGAGGAGGAGGAGAAGGAGGAAGGCGGCGGUGGCGGUGGCGGCGGCGGCAGCAGCAGCAGCGGCGAGAGAAGAGGGGAGGACGGAGGCGGCGUCGGACUGGAGCCGAGCGGCGGCGCGAGCUGCCCGGGGCGCUGUCGUGAGCUCGCCCGCCGGGCCUCCACCUCCGAGCUACACCCUGCCGUGCCCAGCUCUGCCCGCGUCCGUGCCCCCGCGGGGAGCGCGCCGGGGCUGCCCCCCGAAUGACGGGCGGAAGGUUCGACUUCGACGAUGGCGGCACCUACUGCGGCGGCUGGGAGGAGGGCAAGGCGCACGGGCAUGGCAUCUGCACGGGGCCCAAGGGCCAGGGCGAGUACUCGGGCUCCUGGUCGCACGGCUUCGAGGUGGUCGGAGGCUACACCUGGCCCAGCGGCAACACCUACCAGGGCUACUGGGCGCAGGGCAAGCGGCACGGGCUGGGGGUGGAGACGAAGGGCAAGUGGAUGUACCGGGGGGAGUGGUCACAUGGCUUCAAGGGGCGCUACGGGGUUCGGCAGAGCCUGUGCACCCCCGCUCGCUACGAGGGUACCUGGAGUAACGGGCUGCAGGACGGGUACGGCGUGGAGACCUACGGGGACGGAGGUACCUACCAGGGCCAGUGGGCCGGCGGCAUGCGGCACGGCUACGGCGUGCGCCAGAGCGUGCCCUACGGCAUGGCCACGGUGAUCCGCUCGCCGCUGCGCACGUCGCUGGCCUCGCUGCGCAGCGAGCAGAGCAACGGCAGCGUGCUCCACGACGCCGCGGCCGCCGCCGAGAGCCCGGCCGGCAGCCGCGGGGGCUUCGUACUCAACUUCCACGCCGACGCCGAGCUCGCGGGCAAGAAGAAGGGCGGCCUCUUCCGCCGGGGCUCCCUCUUGGGAAGCAUGAAACUGCGCAAGUCCGAAUCCAAGUCCUCCAUCUCCAGCAAGCGCAGCUCGGUCCGCAGCGACGCGGCCAUGAGCCGAAUCAGCUCCAGCGACGCCAACUCCACCAUCAGCUUCGGCGACGUAGAUUGUGAUUUCUGCCCGGUGGAAGACCACGUGGACGCCACCACCACGGAAACCUACAUGGGCGAGUGGAAGAACGACAAGCGCACCGGCUUCGGCGUCAGCGAGCGCUCCAACGGCAUGAAGUAUGAAGGCGAGUGGGCAAAUAACAAGAGGCACGGGUACGGCUGCACCGUGUUUCCCGACGGCUCCAAGGAAGAGGGAAAAUACAAAAAUAAUAUUCUGGUCCGUGGAAUAAGGAAGCAGCUUAUACCAAUAAGAAAUACAAAAACUAGGGAGAAGGUGGACAGAGCGAUCGAAGGCGCGCAAAGGGCAGCCGCCAUGGCGAGAACCAAAGUGGAAAUAGCAAAUUCAAGGACCGCGCACGCAAGAGCCAAAGCUGACGCCGCCGACCAGGCUGCUCUGGCCGCCCGCCAGGAGUGUGACAUCGCGAGAGCUGUGGCCAGAGAGCUGUCACCUGACUUCUACCAGCCAGGCCCAGAUUAUGUCAAACAGAGAUUUCAGGAAGGUGUAGAUGCUAAAGAAAAUCCAGAAGAAGAGGUCCCGGAAAAGCCACCUACACCAAAGGAAUCUCCUCAUUUUUAUCGCAAAGGCACGACACCCCCAGGGUCUCCCGAGGCAAGUCCCAAACAAGGCGGCUCUCCCUCCCCAGAGCCCGUGAAGAAGCAGAAUCCCAGCUCAGGGGCAAGACUCAACCAAGACAAAAGGAGUGCAGCCAAGGAGCAGGUGACGGCCACCGUCAAUAAGCCCUUGACCUCCAAGGCUCCCACGAAGGAGGUGGGAGCGGCUGUGCCCCACUCCAGGUACUCUGGCCGUCACCACGUCCCUAACCCCAGUAACGGGGAGCUGCACACUCAGUACCACGGCUACUACGUGAAACUGAACGCCCCCCAGUACCCCCCGGAGGACGUGGAGGAGGAGGAAGGGCCAAGCCAGUCUUCCUCGGCGCUGGUGCACAAGCCAUCGCCCAACAAAUGGAGUCCCCCUAAAUCUGUGACAAAACCAGUUGCCAAAGAAAGCAAAGCUGAGCCAAAAGCUAAGAAGUCUGAACUUGCUAUACCAAAGAAUCCAGCAAGCAGCGAUUCGUGCCCUUCUGUGGAAAAAGAAGCCAAUUCGGGCCCUAAUUCAAUCAUGAUUGUCCUCGUCAUGCUGUUGAAUAUUGGGUUGGCAAUUCUUUUUGUUCACUUUCUAACUUGAUUGGAAUUAGGAAAGCAGCCCCAUCCGGCGAAGUUCCUGGCAUUGGCUACUCCAUCUGUCCUAGCAGAGUGUGACUAAACUGGAAAUGUAUGGAGCUGCAUUUUUUUUUUUUUUUUUUUUUUGAUGGAAGUCAACAGCUGCCUUACUAUUUUACCAUCUGACGUUUCUAGUAGGGAGCUGGGGAAACAAACGACUGCCCGAGGAAUGUGGUCGGAGGAUUGUGUUGCUGUGGCCGUGGUUCCAGCAUUCACUCCUGUCUCAUUAGAAGAAGUAGGUAGCAGCAUCACUCACCAGUCUUAUGCCAUGACCUGCUGCUUUCUCAUCUCCUGGAACGUCCCGGGAGAGAAGGUUUCGUUGGCUUGUGCACAAUUAUGUUCAUUUCUGCUGUUUAUUUAAAUCCGAUGUAUAGUCAUCUACAACACGCAGUCCUGGCUGGAUGAAGCACAUGUGUCGCAUCUCAAGGAAAAGAAACAACAGAAUGCUAGAGAAAAUGUGUUUCUUUUGAUAGCAAUACAUCAUUCUUCAUGUCGUUUAGUCUUCCUAAACCUGUAAAAGGCUAUUUAAAAUUUAGCAAUUUGAAGGCAUUACACCUACCUAAGAAUAAUUUAACUUUAAACAUUUUUAACACUACUGAGAUGAAUUAUUUACGCACUUAGGAGGUGCUAGAUUUUAAAAGCUGAAAGACAACAGAAUUCUAAGAAGUAUCGUCAAAACGUUGCAUGGAUUGCAGUAAUCGGUGUUUAAAGGAUUCAGUUUCACUGCUGACGUACUUCACCAACCAAAUAAAAUCUUGUCAGUAGCUAUGUUAAUUCCCAUGAAAGUUAAGCAAGAUGCUAUUAAUAACUGCUCUUCUUUUUUUUUCCCCCAAACUUAAAUUUUUGUUGAAUACAUUCAGGUAGAGCAUAAAGCUUUGUUAAAUCAGUGCUUCUCAAUUUUACGCCUUUCAUGUUUUUCAAAGUCCUUUUGUAAUUGUAUUUCACAUUUUAAAGGCUUAGACAAUUUUUAAGUAUCUGUCUUUUGCAGUCCUUUGUUAUUCUGACAUAAUCUGAUUUUUUUGCUGUUUUAUAAUUUAUUCUUUAUUACUCAGAAGCAUGCUUAUUUAGAGAAACUACGUGGUCUUUAUAAAAAUAAUUAUUUGAAAAGAAAAUCAGGGGAGGUAAGUUAUCUGUCCAGUCUUGGUAAGACGUUAUUGAGGAGAGGGAGCUAUUCCUAAACAUUUUCACGAUCUGCAUGGUUUAAUCAGAUUUUUACCUUAUCUGCUGCGGUUCCAAUGCAGAAGAGACAAUUCCCAUAUUAGCACAGGUGUGGACUGAAUGCUUUGUCACCUGCAGGGCAGUAACGCAGUGGUGUUUUUUGCAGAAGUACAAUAUGUUGAGAAUCCUGGGUGUGACCAAUAUGGAAUAAAGAAGAAAGCAGAAAGAGAGCAAAUAAAAAUUACAACUUGUAUAUUUAUUUAUUUUUUACAUUUUGCUUUGACUUUUAAAUUUAGGAAGUAUACGUUUUUACCCAAGAAACGUUUCAGUUCCUGCGUCAGUCUCAAUAUUCUCACUGCUCCUUCCUAACCCCAUAGCUCUUGAUGCUGGGAAAGCUGAUUUUUUUAAAAAAUUAAAUAAAAUAUUUAAUCUUAAGUGUUUAUUUCGAAUGUGUAAUGCUUUGGAAAUAAUGGGUAACAGAUAAUAAAGGAUAUGUUUAUAAAGUGAGCAUGUUGGUUCCAUUUAUAAAUGUAUGUAUGAUUUAUAAGCUUUUUUAAAAACAAAGCUCAAAUUGUUGGUAUUUUUCUAAAAUGUGCACAGCUGUAUUUUACAUGAAAGGCUCUUUCUAAUGGGUUGUUAUACUGUACUCUACAUUUUGGACAGCACAUGAAGUCUGCCAAUGUACUUAAUAAAACAUGACUUUGUUUAUUUAAAGUUUCUUGCUGUGAAAAAGAACUCCCUACCUGCGAGUUCCGUUAUUUAUAAUCCUUGAAACCAAAAUGUAUAAUGUACAGUUUUCACAACUGUAUCUGCUCUAAUAAAAAAAAA